CUCGUCCGCAGCCCCCCGCCCCCCGCGAGGUGGAGCCUCGGACGGAAGCGCAGAGCCGACGGGAGGCGCAGGAAGCCCGAAGACGCCGAGGCCCCCCCGAAGCCGCAGGGCGACGGCAGACCCGACAGUUUUACCACUCCCGAAGGCCGCAAGCCCCAUUCUAGAUGUUCAGACUGGGCAAGUGCAGUCGAAGAGGAUGAGAUGAGAACCAGAGUUAACAAGGAAAUUGCAAGAUAUAAAAGAAAACUUCUCAUAAAUGACUUUGGGAGAGAGAGAAAGUCCUCGUCUGGAAGUUCUGAUUCGAAGGAGUCGGGGUCCACAGUACCGGCUGACUUAGAGACGGAUGAAAGCGUGCUCAUGAGAAGGCAGAAACAGAUCAACUAUGGGAAGAACACCAUCGCCUACGACCGCUAUAUUAAGGAAGUCCCCAGGCACCUUCGACAGCCCGGCAUCCACCCCAAGACCCCCAACAAGUUCAAGAAGUACAGUCGGCGAUCGUGGGACCAGCAGAUCAAACUCUGGAAGGUGGCGCUACAUUUUUGGGAUCCUCCACCUGAAGAAGGAUGUGAUUUGCAAGAAAUACAUCCUGUGGACCUCGGGGAAAUGGAGACCGAAUCUGCAGAAAGCAGCUCUGAAUCCCAGACAAGCUCUCAGGAUAACUUGGACGUGUACUCUGGCACACCCACCAAAGUGAGGCACGUGGACUGCGGAGUGGAGGACGAGUUUGACUUGGAAGCUUGUCUAACGGAGCCCUUGAAAGAGUUCCAGCCAUGAGCUAACAGGUGCCACCUGGAGGCCCCCGAGCGGGGGCGUUGCCUCCCCGGGCAGGCCGGGCCGGCCAAGCAUGGGUCCUGCGUUUGUGACCAGGUGGCUUCUGUUCGCAGUUCAUUAUCGCAUUGUCUCAUGGUGAACUGUUCUUCGUUCUUGCCUUAUUUUCUUAAGCGUUAAUUUUAUGUAUAGUGAGUGUAUUUUGCAUGUUUUAAAUUGUAAAUGGAAAUAAAUCCAAGGAAAAUUGAACUUGAAAACUUAAUUGCUUCAUCAUCCUCCAAGUUAAGCUGACAAACAAACUUCUAACUGGUUCUCCACCAGUAAGUUAGGCGCCCGGCCGCCCCUUGUCAGGUGGGCUGGGGGUGACCGCCGCCCACAGGCCCGCCUCACCUCCGCUUUCUCCACUGGGGGCGGAGUGCUCUCAGAAUCGGGUAACUUUGGUAUCGUUAGAGAAACUUACAUUUUGGGCCUUUUGUCAGGAGGUCCAGGUGUGGUUUUUUGCUCAUACAGAGCACUGAAUAGUCAGAGUUAGUAAAUUGAGCAUUAAGUUAAUGGAUUUUAUGUGGGUUAUACAGUCUUAAUUUGGUACCUGUAAAUAGCGCUAGGCAGGCCUUCCACCUGUGACGCUGCAGGAGCCAGGCUGCCAGCAGAGGGGCUUAGAACGGACUUUUUUUUACAAUCAGUUAAUCUACCAUGUAAAGUUGCUGUAAAUGAUAAUGUGUACAGAUUUUCUGUUCAAAUACUCAAUUGUAAACUUCUUGUUAAGACUGUUACGUUUCUAUUGCUUUUGUAUGGAAUGAUAUUGCGAAAAUAAAAAGAAGAGAACCUUCUUUA